CAUAUAUUUGAAUGUUGAUUUCGGCGACAACUAUGAACUGAAGCUUCAGCUGUGCAGGUAGGAGUUAAAUGUGCUAUUUUCGGUGUCCUCUAAUUUGAGAAAGAGAGCUGAUAUCCCGUUCAGGUACUCAUUCCUCUCAAUUUGACUCGAUUACUUUCUGUUUCUUUGCCUGGGAAUAGAAAAUUUGGCUACCUAUGAAUGAGGUCAUUGUACUCGGUAGUCGGGACAUCGUUUCGAGCUUUGUCCAAUCUUUUGUUAACCCAUUCUCUAGCCAUCAAAUUGGGUACCAUAGCAGACGUUUACACUUGCAACAAUAUCCUAAAUGGGUAUUGGAAAUGCAAAGAGUUCCGAUCUGCAGACGUACUGUUCGACGAAAUGCCGCUGAGAGACUCUGUAUCUUGGAAUACGAUGAUCGGGGGUUAUAUUAACUCUGGAAACUUGGAGAAUUCAUGGGAAGUUCUUAAAUGCAUGAGAAGAUGUGGUUUGGAUCAAGAUGAGUACACGUUUGGAAGCAUGCUGAAGGGCAUUGCUUGUGCUGGUAUGCUUGAUUUGGGUCAGCAAAUACAUUCUAUGAUCAUUAAGAUGGGUUUUGCUGGAAAUGUAUAUGCAGGGAGUGCUCUUCUGGAUAUGUAUGCGAAAUGUGAGAGACUUGAGGAUGCAUAUUUGACAUUCCUAAAUAUAUCUAAACAGAACACUGUUUCGUGGAAUGCAAUGAUUGCUGGAUAUGCGCAAAUGGGCGAUCGUGAGACUGCGUUUUCGUUGUUAGAUUGUAUGGAGCAAGAAGGUGAGAAGGUUAAUGAUGGCUCAUUUGCUCCUCUUUUGCCUUUACUAGAUGAUGCUGAGUUUUGUAGAUUAACAAGGCAAGUUCAUGGAAAAGUCAUAAAACAUGGAUUGGAAUCUGCUAAUACAAUGUGUAAUGCUUUGAUCACUUCUUAUUCAGAAUGUGGAUCCCUUGUUGAUGCCAAAAGGGUUUUCAAUUGUUCGGCUGGCGUUCGAGAUUUGGUGUCGUGGAACUCCCUGUUGGGUGCUUUUUUGGUGCAUAAUCAGGAAGAUCUUGCUUUUAAACUCUUCAUUGAUAUGCAAGAACAUGGUUUUGAACCAGAUUUGUACUCUUACACAAGCAUUAUCAGUGCUUGUUUCAACAAAGAGCUUAGCAAUAAUGGGAAAUCCCUGCAUGGGAUGGUCAUUAAAAGAGGAUUAGAAGAAUCGGUGCCAAUUUCAAAUGCAUUGAUAUCUAUGUAUCUUAAAUCAGACAGUGGUUCAAUGAAGGAAGCUUUAUGUAUAUUUGAAUCCUUGGAGAUUAAGGAUCGUGUGUCGUGGAACUCGAUCUUGACGGGAUUAUCACAAAUGGGGUCGAGCGAAGAUGCCGUGAAGUCGUUUCUGCAUAUGAGAUCUUUAGCAAUGGAUAUUGAUCAGUAUUCGUUUUCUGCUGUGCUCAAAUCAUGCUCAGAUUUGGCUACCUUUCAAUUGGGACAACAAUUUCAUGUCUUGGCUCUUAAAUAUGGUAUGGAUUCCAAUGAGUUUGUUUCAAGUUCAUUAAUCUUCAUGUAUUCGAAGUGUGGGAUUAUGGAAGAUGCUAAAAGAUCAUUUGAAGGAGCUUCAAAAAGCUCUUCAAUCACUUGGAAUGCACUCAUGUUUGGCUAUGCACAACAUGGGCAAUGCCAUGUUGCAUUAGACCUCUUCUCUCUAAUGGAAGAGAAGAAGGUGAAAAUGGAUCACAUAACGUUCGUUGCAGUUCUGACCGCUUGUAGCCAUAUCGGUUUAGUCGAACGGGGCUGCGAAUUCUUACGAUGUAUGGAAUCUGUUUACGGCGUUCCUCCACGAAUGGAGCAUUAUGCUUGUGCAGUUGAUCUAUAUGGGCGUUCUGGGCGUCUUGAUGAAGCCAAGGCCUUGAUUGAGGAAAUGCCAUUCAAACCGAACGCGAUGGUGUGGAAGACAUUCUUGGGGGCAUGUCGUUCUUGUGGGAACGUUGAGUUAGCUUGUCAGGUUGCAAGGCAUCUGCUAGAGAUGGAGCCUGAAGAGCAUUGCACUUAUGUUCUUCUCUCAAACAUGUAUGGAGAUCUAAUGAGAUGGGAGGAGAAGGCUAAAGUGAAGAGGUUAAUGAAGGAAAGAGGAGUUAAGAAAACGCCUGGUUGGAGUUGGAUUGAAGUUAAGAACAAGGUUCAUGCUUUCAUUGCUGAAGAUCAUUCUCAUCCCAGUUGCCAACAGAUAUACGUUUUGCUGGAAGUUCUUAUGGAGGAAAUCACAAGAAUUGAAGCUACUGCUGAUGGUUUUGAGAGUUUUUUGGAGCAGGAAGACCUAAGUUAUGCAUAUGCAUAACGUGUGUUUGCUCAAACCGAUCAAAUUGAUUAGAUUUGUUAGCACUUGCUCGAUUCACGAUUUCAAUCUCAUUUCGUAACUAUUUGGUAUUUA